AUGGCGAUGUACACAAAUAGAAUCGCACGGUGCUCGAAAUCAAAUCCAGUUUUUUCGGUGUUAUCGCGAAAUUUCGGUCACAAUUCCAGUGCACGCAAAUGGUUCCACCAUCCGACCAUCCGAUACAUCUGCCUGGUGAGCGGUGGGCUGCUGGCUUUUACCGCCGCGACCUACCGAAACCGUCCCAAGGUCUACGCGCUGCAGCUGCGGAAGGAUGAAAUCGCGGACAAGGCCAUUAAGCUGACGGCGCGCGAGCGGCGCUUCAUCAAGUUCGCCUCGGUCGAGUUCGAUGGGCAGAUCUACAUGACGCCGCAAGACUUUCUGGAGUCGGUCGUCGAGCAGGAGCCAAGGCCCCGCCUCAAGAGGAAGUCAUUAACGCAUGCCGAGGUGCAGCAGCUGAAAGAUUACACGCCACCGCUGAAGCACGGCUCGUCGCAGCUUUUUCGCAGCCUCCGCGACAAAGGAAUUAUCUCUUACACCGAGUAUCUUUUCCUGCUCUCCGUCCUAACAAAACCUCACUCCGGCUUUCGCAUCGCGUUCAACAUGUUCGACACGGACGGCAAUCAACGGGUGGACAAGGAUGAGUUUCUUGUGAUUCGUCAGCUGCUCGGAGGAUCGCUGAAGGAUCGUGAUCUCGACGAGGCCACGCGGAAAGCUCUGCUGCAUCUCGUAUCGACCAGUGCGCAAGCGAAAUUUUUACUCACAAAUUAUCGCGACCAAAAACCGAAACCAUCGGUCGGCGAAAAGUCCGCGCCGGCAAAGGAAGACGACGGCGCCACGGUUCCGCCGGUUAAGAGUAGAACGACGCGAUUAAUGGAGAAAAUUUUCAGCUUCGCCUGGAAGGGAAAGCGCGGCAUCGAACCGAAGGAAGGCGAAGAGCCAGGAGAGCACGAUGACUACGUCGACGAUGAGCAGGGCCUGCAGAGGAAGCACAAGGUCGACACGUCGCUGCAGAUUCACUUCUUUGGCAAGAAGGGCGACAAGGACCUGCAGUACGAUGGGUUCUACAACUUCAUGAAGAACCUCCAGACUGAGGUGCUGGAGCUGGAGUUUUGUGAGUUCUCCAAGGGCCACGAGCGCAUCUCGGAGGUGGACUUUGCGAAGAUUCUCCUUCGCUACACCUAUCUGGAUACCGACGAAUACGACAACUAUCUCGACCGUCUGCUGGACAGAGAGGCCAAGGAGAAGGGUGUAUCGUUCGACGAGUUCCGCCAGUUCUGCCAGUUUCUGAACAAUCUCGAUGACUUUUCGAUCGCGAUGCGAAUGUACACGCUCGCCGAUCAACCGAUAUCGAAGGAUGAGUUUUCGCGUGCGGUCAAAAUCUGCACCGGUUCCGAGCUAAACUCGCACCUGAUCGACACCGUGUUCGCCAUCUUCGACGAGGACGGCGAUGGGCUGCUGUCGUACAAGGAGUUCAUCGCCAUCAUGAAGGACCGGGUGCACCGGGGUUUCAAAUCGAACGUCAAAUCGGAAGGAUGGGAAGCGUUCAAACAUUGCUUAAAGCAAGAGAUGAAGCAAAACGUCUAAAAGACCCCAUCGCAAAGCAGCGUAUCUAACCUUCUCUUCCUCUCUCUCUCUCUUGUCUUGUUAAAAACCUUUCCAUUGCAAUCGAUAUUGUACGGUUUUUCCAACAAAAAAUGGCACACUUGUUUUUAACAAACAACUCAGAAAUAGCAUUUGAAAAAGGGCAAGGCAUUGUGCCAUAAUGGGAACACAACUAUCCGAUCUCUUCCAAGUUUGUUGGAAUUGGUUAUUUGUUGAGUUCUAUAGAAAGCAUGGCAAAGAAAACUAAACUGAACCGUUCUAACAUGGAAACGCUUACUAAAAUUGUUACUUACGAAAUUGUUUGUGGUUGAAAUUGUACCGUCAUCUGUUACUUGUUAGACUUCUUAGCUUUUAAAAACUUUCAAAAAGUAUGAUUAUAAAUGAGCGUGGUUGUGUGUGUGUCAGAUUGUAUUUAAAGAAAUUAUUUGCUUUAAAAGCUCAAAUUUGUUGUCGCACGGCCAAUAGAGAAGUAGGCCGCGUGCUCUUUGCAGUGUGUUAUAUUAGUGAAAUUCAAACUCACAGUUACUUGGUCUCUCCCAAUUGAAAGCAUUUUUACUUACCUACCGUUACUUACUUGCCCGCUAUGAUUUAGUUUAUUUUAACAAUAAAAUAAAUAGCAUAAGGUGCGUAAGAAAUCUUUAUACUCAAGUAGACCAAUGUUCGCAAGUUUUAAAUUUAAUAAUUUAUAUCAUCGAAGGAUAUAAACAAUAUCCCCUGCGAAGGAUACCGAAAGGACAUGCAGUUUCAUACCAUUGGUAGGACCAUUCGGCAUCGUCUUACACCGCCAAUGUGAGUGGUUGCCUUUUGCACAAUUCUAAUAACUACUUAAAUAAUAAUACCAACACCAGCUACACAAACAAACAACUAACCUCUUUGUUGCUAUGAACAUUGCCCCGCCCACGAGCAAGUAUUUUACGGAAAAAUAUACCAAAAUAUG